AUGGUGCUGCUCACGGCGCUGCUGAGGGUGCGCGCCCGCCUCACCGACCGCUACUGGCCGGUCCAGGACGUGCUGAAGUACGCCCGGCACUUUCGGGGAAGGAAGAAUCGGUGUUACAGUUUGGCUGUCAGGGCUGUGCAUAGAGCCUUUGUGAAAUGUACCAAUGCCAGGAGACUGAAGAAGAGGAACAUGAGAACGCUUUGGAUUAAUCGAAUUACAGCUGCUUCCCAAGAACAUGGCCUGAAGUAUCCAUCAUUUAUUAGCAAUUUGAUCAAGUGUCAGGUGGAGCUCAACAAGAAAGUCCUUGCUGACCUGGCUAUUUAUGAACCCAAGACUUUUAAGUAUUUGGCUGCUUUGGCCAAGAGGAGGAGAGAAGAAGGCCUCGUAGCCGCUCUGGGGGACGAGAAGGAGCCAGCGGGGAUCUUUUCCAGGGUGGUGCAUUAUCAAUGA